AUGAUUCGAGGGUGGGGAGCGGGGAUCUCGUGGUACUGGUUUCCAAUUAGCCCAUACGUGCAUCGGUUGUGGAGGCACGAGCUCGUCGAUAUCGGCCGACGGUACGCGGUUUUGCUAACGCUCGCGACGGUCCGGCCCCCAGCGUUUACAAAGCCCAUCUCGGACACGGAUGCUUUCAUCGAAGAGCUCGCGGGGACACGUUGUACUCGUCGGGUGUCCGGCGCUCGGGAGUCGUGUUGUCCGAAGCCGGCGGUAUCCGAUCUGUCGUUAGAGGAAGGAGCGUCCGAAGAAGGUUCGAUCACGAGACAUGGCGAGAUGAUGAACAAGAGGGACGACGAGUACCAGACUAUGGCUCUCGGACCAGGCAUCCCCUUCAGGCCACAUCCCUCCAUCUCGUCUCUCCUAGGCCAUGGCGUACUGCAGCUCCUCGUCUCUUCUGGAGCCAUCCUGCACCUUCAGCGGACGCCCACGACGGUCGUGGGUAAUGGGGUCGCUAUGCAACGCGAAUCAUCGAAGCUGGAGCACCACGAGAACGUCGGGACGUCCAUCUACUGGGCACCAGCGGCGACCAGUCCGACGUGCUAUGCCGUUGAGGUAUACGUACGAGAGAUGACCGACAUUAUCUUGCUGACGGCACCGGGCCAAUGGCCGUCUCCUGCUGAGACUUCCGUCUCCUGGAAGAUGCGGGCAAAGGCCCAACAGAAGAACGACCCCUCAUCAUCGGUAAUACGAACCCCUAUCAGGACGGCCACCCAGAAUCCUUUUUGA